AUGCCAGUGAUUGGUGCGAUGUAGCUUCAGUGUGCACCUUCGAACGAUACCAUGAGCACUCCGCAGAAGCUUGUUUUACUCGCCCUGGUGGCGACAGCCCUGGCCGGUGACGCGAAGGAAUCGAACGCUAAAGCGGCAGUUGAACCGAAGGAAAAGAGCAAACGAGGACUGGAGCUGAGCCUUGGCGGUGGAGGAGGCUUAGAGAGCUAUGGCGGUGGACUGGGACACGGUUUGAGCCUUGGCGGAGGCCUUGGCGGAGGCCUUGGCGGAGGUCUUGGCGGAGGUCUCGGCGGAGGUCUUGGUGGAGGACUUGGCCUAGGUGGAGGAGGAGGAGGUGGAGGAGGUGGUGGCGGCGAUGGAGGUCGCAUAACUGGUAUCACGAUUCAUCGCGAGAACCAAGUUCGCAUACCGCAACCGUACCCAGUUGAGAGGAACGUGCCUGUACCAAUCGCGGUCCCAGUUCAAAUCCCCGUCGAGCGUCCAGUUCCGGUACACAUACCGAGACCUUAUCCAGUCCCGGUAGAGAAAGCAGUCCCUGUGCCUGUGCCAGUGGAGAAACCAGUACCGUACAGCGUACCAGUCAAAGUGCCCGUGUCGGUUCCUUUCCCGGUCAGCGUGCCAGUAAAGAUUCCAGUCGCGAUCGAAAAGGAGGUCCCCUAUCCAGUCAAGGUUCCCGUUGUCAUUAAGGAGUCCUUCCCUGUCUUGGUCAGCAGCGGCGGAGGCGGCGGUUUAGGAGGCGGUUUGGGAGGCGGUUUGGGAGGUGGUUUGGGUGGUGGACACGGCGGAUACGGAGGAGGAUACGGAGGAGGAUUUGAACUGUCCGGUUUCGGUUCACACCAUUGA